AUGUCGACGGUUUAUAUUACUGCCAGAAAUGCGGUUAUUUCAACAUUACUAGGCGUCGUUGUGUUGCUGCAGGCGGUUUCUGGGUUUCCGGCGAUUCUCACUCUGGAAAGAGCUUUUUCGGUGAAGCAUAGAAUUAAGUUGAGUGAACUUAGAUAUAGAGACAUUUUGAGACACGGUAGGAUGUUACUGAAGGAUACCUCUCCAAAAGGGGUUAUUGGGUUUGUUGCUGAAGGAAGUUAUGAUCUUCGUGUUGCUGGGUUGUAUUACACAAAAGUAAAACUGGGAACUCCUUCAAAAGACUAUUAUUUACAAAUUGACACCGGAAGUGACGUGUCAUGGGUUAGUUGCAGACCGUGCAAUGAUUGCCCAACAUCAAGUGGAUUUAACAUUCCUAUUACAUUGUAUGACCCUUCAAGCUCAUCAACAUCUUCUCCAAUCUCAUGUUCAGACCAAAGAUGUCCUCAAGCGAGUCAAACGUAUGAUUCUAGCUCAUGUUUGAAUAAUCAUUGCACUUACACAAUUCAAUAUGGAGAUGAUAGUGCAACAUCUGGUCAUUAUGUAUCUGACUUGAUGCAUUUUAAGAUUAUUGUUAGUGGUACCGAAACAGAAUUAUCAAAUACUUCAGCUUCAAUUGUAUUUGGUUGUGGCACAAUUGAAUCGGGGGUCUUAACCACACCUGAUAGCGCACUUGAUGGGAUUUUGGGAUUAGGUCAGCAAGGUAGGUCUAUCAUAUCCCAACUUUCUUCGCAAGGGAUUACUCCUAAUUCCUUCGCACAUUGUCUUGCUGAUGGAGGUGGGCUUUUGGUUAUUGGUCAACCAAUGGUGCCAUAUAUAGUAUUUACUCCAUUUGUUAAAUCACAGGGGUAUUAUAGUAUAAAUUUGCAAAGUAUUUCGGUCAAUGAUAAAAUGUUGUCAAUUGAUCCAUCGGUAUUUGCAAUAAAUGAUGAUAAAGCAGGAACAAUUGUUGAUUCAGGAACAACUUUGGCAUACCUCACGGAAGAGGCUUACACCCCUUUUGUAGAUGCAAUCACAAAGUCGGUUUCACUGUCCGUACAACCACAUACAUCAAACGGAAAUACUUGCUAUUCAAUUACUUCAAGUGUAUCUAAUAUAUUUCCCAUCGUAAGUUUGAACUUUGUCGGGGGUGCUUCAAUGCAUUUAAGACCUCAAGACUACCUUUCUCACCAAAGCUCCAAGAGUGGGGCUGAGGUGUGGUGCAUGGGCUUUCAGAGGAGUCACCAGAAAGGAAUCACUAUUUUAGGAGACCUUGUUCUUAAGGACAAGUUUAUUGUUUAUGAUUUGGAUGCUCAACGGAUCGGAUGGGCACGUUAUGAUUGUUUUUCAAUUGUACAAGUCUCCUCCAACUCAAGUAGCAGUAGCGGUGAAGCUGUAACCCCCAGUCAGAUUAGUGGUGGCAGAUCAUUGGGGAUUAGAAGUCAACAACAAAUUCCGGUCAUUGUUAUUUCCUCCAUAAUAUACCUGACUAUGAUGUUUAUUGGUUUUCAAGCUACUAGAAUGUCCCUUUAAUUUAAUAUGUAUGUUUUUAUUUUAGAAGCUAGUGGAUAUGAAAUAACAUUGUACUUGAAUUCAUAAAAGCAAAUACAUGUUCAUGUGAA